CACGUGGCCGGAGACAUGGCGAGCUCCUCCACAGGCGUGUUUUUAUAGAGAAGCUCCGUUAAAAACGGAAAUUAAAGGCUGGUUGGAAGCAGAUUGAUGUCUGUGAGCUGACAGAGUUGUAGUUGUAGUCAGCAUGUCUUGGGUAAGAGCAGUACCUCGAAGCGACGAUGUUUUUGAUGAGGACGUUGAUGAACUCAGCCUUCAAAACAAAGAAUGGAGAUGCAGCAUGGAGAAGCGUGCUAAGGACGGUUUCAGGGAUGGAAUUGAUGCAGGCAAAGAGGCUUCCCUUCAGCAGGGAUUCAACUUGGGCUACAGAGAAGGAGCUGUUAAAAUGAAGGCUAUUGGGCAAUUCAAAGGAAUUGUUAGUGCUUUGCGGUGUUGGUGUCAGUCACAGCCUUCAAUGAGCUCAGAGCCCAUCACACAGCUGCUUCAGAAAGUAGAAAAACAUGAAGAAGGCUUAUUUGAGGCCAUGCGCAGAGCUCAGGAGCUUCCUCCUCCCAGUGUAUCAGAGCUUGUUGGAGAUAUGGAUGAUCUGGGUGUAGUUCAGAGUGAUUGUGGAGGCUCAGACUGCUGCGGAAAUGAUGAAGAUGGUGAAUGUUGCCGAAAUGGACAUAGUAACUGCUGUAGACGUGACAAGGACAUUAAUGAGAGUUCAGCUGAGAUUCAUGAGACUGUGUUUGUGAAGGACCAGACUUUGGAGCAGUUACUUCAUGGGUGUCUGGAGAUCGUGGCUGAAAUGGGGCUGCCUGAAGAGCUGAGGCUUCAUAUUCUACAGCUCAGACAUGCGUGUAUUUGACUUGAAUUUAUUAGAAUACAAGUUAACCUUGUACAUGUUAACGAUUGGGUGUAAGAAGAUGUAAAAAAUACUUAGCUUUGCAUUGCAGUACAUUACAGUCAGAGAUGCUGUGCCCAAACCUGCUACUGUAUGCAAGGAAUUAAACUAAAUGUGUUGUGCUGUUGUAGGAAAAUAAUUAAUGACUGUGGUGUGGCCCAAUACAAAACAUGUUUGAAUCCUGUCACCAGCAGCUUUCCAUCAAUAACAUUAAAAAUAAUAAUAAUAAAUUACUUAAAUAGCAUAACACAUUUAAUUUAUGUUCUUACAUUUAAUGUUUAACUUUGUGAAACUGCAAAACUAGUUGGCUCCUGUUAUUACUUGCAUUCUAACCACUAUAAACAGUCAUUCUCUCACUAGCCUCCCUUUUUUUCCUGUCACUUGAAUCUAAUAAUACCAAAAUAAACAGCUACAAACUGAAAA